UCCUUGUUUUGUGUGUAUUUUUUGGUUUGCAGGGUUAUGUUCCAAUGUUUGUCAAUGCCACUGCUGGUACCACCGUCUACGGAGCCUUUGACCCCAUCAAUGAAAUUGCAGACAUCUGUGAAAAAUACAAUAUGUGGCUUCAUGUGGAUGGUGCUUGGGGAGGAAGUUUGCUGAUGUCCAGGAAACACAGACACAAGUUGCAUGGAGUGGAGAGGGCCAACUCGGUCACCUGGAACCCUCAUAAGAUGAUGGGGGUGCCGCUGCAGUGCUCUGCCAUUCUGGUCAGAGAGAGGGGAUUAUUACAAGGCUGCAACUCUAUGUGCGCUGGUUACCUCUUCCAGCCAGAUAAACAGUACGAUGUAACAUAUGACACGGGCGACAAGGCCAUUCAGUGCGGACGACAUGUUGAUAUCUUUAAGUUCUGGCUCAUGUGGAGGGCAAAGGGAACAGUAGGAUUUGAACAGCACAUUGACAAGUGCCUGGAUCUGUCAAUGUACCUCUACAAUAAGAUAAAAAACAGAGGGGGCUUUGAGCUGGUGUUUAACGGAGAGCCUCAGCACACCAACGUGUGCUUCUGGUACAUUCCACCAAAGCUGCGCAGUCUGCCUGAUGGUAAAGAGAGGCGGGAGAGGCUGCACAAGGUGGCCCCAAAGAUCAAGGCACUGAUGAUGGAGUCUGGGACUACAAUGGUGGGUUACCAGCCACAAGGGGACAAGGUCAACUUCUUCCGCAUGGUCAUCUCCAACCCUGCUGCCACCAGGUCAGACAUUGACUUCCUGAUUGAGGAGAUUGAGCGGCUAGGGCAUGAUUUGUAAGAGCUACACCUGUAUUAUAACAUUUUUCUCCCCUAGGCAUUUAGUCUUUUCUGACUCUUGAGAACUUUGAGCUUGGCUUUGUGUCCCUUUUGUUUCAUAAAGACUGAGAUUUUUGCUUACAGGUCUUUUCUCACAACAAAUAAUAAUAGUCCCCGGUAUGUCUCUUCUGUGUCUCUUCUGUCUUUAGCAGCAUAUGUUUAACGAUUUGCACACCAGGUAACUGAGGAAAAAGGGCAGAAUCACAUAAGCACACUGGUAUUCUUGCUAAACCAUAUGUCAGCGCUAGUAAAUGUCAAUGUGAUGAGAUUAACACAGGUUCUUUUUUGUGUAAAUAUGAAAGAGCAAGAAUGCCUAAGCACUCCGAUGAUUCUGUCAUAUAGCAGCUACAAUAAUGUCAUUUUACUGAUGUAAUAUAUGAAGAUCAGCAUUAAAAACAGAAUGAGAUCAAAUAUUUUUGUUUUUACAAGUGACAGAGCACAACGUAGGGAACCUUAUGGCAUUGACAUAAGCAGUAUUAAUGUGAAAUAUGUAUGAUGUACAGACCAUUGGUGCUUCAUGUCAUAAGUAAGUAUCAAGCCAGAUGGACCAUCACAUUCUACCCUAGCUUUGAUAUUAAGUAAGUGGGAACAUAUAACACAGUCACUGUAACAAAUACUGUACUCGAUUGCUGUGUUUUUAGCGAUUUUUGUGUAGAUUGUGUAUAGUAUUGUUACAUUACCUUUGUGCCAAAUGUGUUUUAUUGUGAGAAAAUCCUCUAUGUAAAUCAACCACACAGUAUAGUAUGUUAUACAGUAGAUUAAUCACGGUAUUUAUAUCGAGAGAUUAUAAAUGUCAAUAGGUUAUCUGCUUUUCUGUUCUAUUUGUAAUGUAUCUUUGUUCAUAUUUGGACAAUCUGCUGUAUUAUAUCACCAUUGAUAUACCACUGAAGUCUUUUAGUGUAUUUGUGAACCAAAGAAGGGUUGAAUUACAUUUAUGAACAUGGCUCUUAUUCUCCCUUAUGGAUGGAUUCAGAUGUUUAUAUAAAAAUACGUAACUUUAGCGCAGUCUAUGUUGUGUAACUGUGACGCAUCAUUGUGAUUCACUGACUGAAUGUUGUCGAGACACCUGAGGUGGGAGGUUUGACUGACGCUGGCUGCUGCUGCUUUGUUAGUGAUAUAAAGCACAACACAAAACCAUGAUCGUGGAGCAGCUUUUAUUCUAGGGACAUAUGAUUGUCUGUGUUAUAAUGUGUUAAGUGGAGUAAAACUAUAAUAUGCAACAUUUUGUUUGUUCUAACACGCGUACUAUAGGCACACUUAUGCUGAAAAAACCAAUGUGAGAAAUUGGGAUUAUUUAUCAUUAAGAAUUUUGCUUUGUCAAUGACAUGCAGUGUGCGCUACUCUAAUAGCAUUUACUGAACAAGUGUACAUUCCUUAAUUAGUGGGAUGAAACGUCCCUCGUCAAACCCAACGUAGGCACUUUAACUUUGUACUAUCAGUUGCAGAGUAUUCCUGUUGUAUCCACAUGCUAAUAAAGACGAGAUAUAGAACAUCUGCAGGCACAAGUUUUGCAGUUUGUGAAAAAGGACCUUUAAACCUUACAAAUAAAUAUGUAUGGUGAACAACACUGAUGUGUUGUCAAUGCCUUAACUUCCUAAUUGCCUGGGGUACCCCCCCACCCCCCCACUGCUGUAUGUGUAAAAGUAAUUAU